CACGCUGCGCAGGCGCUCUUCCGCUGCUCCCGCGGUGGCUCGCGCGGCGGUGGCAGCUGCUACGCGGGGCAUGGUCCCCGGGUCAGAGGGCCCGGCCCGCGCCGGGGGUCUCGUGGCUGACGUGGUGUUUGUGAUCGAGGGCACGGCCAACCUGGGGCCGUACUUCGAGGGGCUCCGCAAGCACUACCUGCUCCCGGCCAUCGAGUAUUUUAAUGGUGGUCCUCCGGCCGAGACAGACUUCGGGGGAGACUAUGGGGGGACCCAGUACAGCCUCGUGGUGUUCAACACGGUGGACUGCGCUCCUGAGUCCUACGUACAAUGUCACGCCCCCACCAGCAGCGCCUAUGAGUUUGUCACCUGGCUCGAUGGCAUUAAGUUCAUGGGCGGCGGUGGCGAGAGCUGCAGCCUCAUCGCUGAAGGCCUCAGCACAGCCCUGCAGCUCUUCGAUGACUUCAAGAAGAUGCGGGAGCAGAUCAGCGGUCAGACGCACCGAGUCUGCCUCCUUAUCUGUAACUCGCCCCCGUACCUGCUGCCCGCUGUCGAGAGCACCACGUAUUCUGGCUGCACGACCGAGAGCCUCGUACAGAAGAUCGGGGAGCGUGGGAUCCACUUCUCCAUUGUGUCCCCCCGGAAGCUGCCUGCCCUCAGGCUUCUGUUCGAGAAGGCGGCUCCCCCGGCUCUGCUGGAGCCGCUGCAGCCGCCGACAGACGUGAGCCAGGACCCCCGGCACAUGGUGCUGGUGCGGGGGCUUGUGCUGCCGGUUGGGGGUGGCUCAGCCCCAGGCACCCUCCAGCCAAAGCAGCCCGUACCCCUGCCUCCAGCUCCACCCUCGGGUGCCACGCUCUCCGCAGCCCCCCAGCAGCCUCUGCCCCCUGUCCCCCAGCAGUACCAGGUUCCCGGGUUGAGUGCAGCCCAGGUGGCUGCCCAGAAUGCUGUGGAGGCCGCCAAGAACCAGAAGGCUGGGCUGGGCCCACGCUUCUCGCCCAUCAACCCUCUCCAGCAAGCUGCUCCAGGAGUGGGUCCCCCCUUCAGCCAGGCACCAGCACCCCCACUGCCUCCAGGGCCCCCUGGCGCCCCCAAGCCACCCCCUGCUUCCCAGCCCAGCCUGGUCUCCACGGUGGCCUCUGGCCCAGGCCUGGCACCCCCUGCGCAGCCUGGCGCGCCGUCCAUGGCAGGCACGGUGGCCCCAGGCAGCGUGAGUGGCCCUUCAGCAGCCCAGCUAGGGGCCCCGGCCCUCGGCGGGCAGCAGUCAGUCUCCAACAAAAUCCUGGCCUGGAGCGGGGUCCUCGAGUGGCAGGAGAAGCCCAAACCCGCCUCCGUGGAUGCCAACACCAAGCUGACGCGGUCGCUGCCCUGCCAGGUCUACGUGAAUCACGGCGAGAACCUGAAGACGGAGCAGUGGCCGCAGAAGCUGAUCAUGCAGCUCAUCCCGCAGCAGCUGCUGACCACUCUGGGCCCUUUGUUCCGGAACUCGAGGAUGGUCCAGUUCCAUUUCACCAACAAGGACCUGGAGUCCCUCAAGGGCCUCUACCGCAUCAUGGGCAACGGCUUCGCGGGCUGCGUGCACUUCCCCCACACGGCGCCCUGCGAGGUGCGCGUGCUCAUGCUCCUGUACUCGUCCAAGAAGAAGAUCUUCAUGGGCCUCAUCCCCUACGACCAGAGCGGCUUCGUCAACGGCAUCCGGCAGGUCAUCACCAACCACAAGCAAGUCCAGCAGCAGAAGCUGGAGCAGCAGCGCGGGAUGGGGGCACAGCAGGCGCCUCCUGGACUGGGCCCCAUUCUGGAGGACCAGGCAAGACCCUCGCAGAAUCUGCUCCAGCUCCGCCCACCACAGCCCCAGCCGCAGGGCACUGUGGGGGCCUCGGCGGCCGCUGGGCAGCCCCAGCCCCAAGGUGCUGCCCAGGCCCCCCCAGGGGCCCCCCAAGGCCCUCCUGGAGCGGCCCCCGGCCCCCCACCUCCUGGACCCAUCCUUCGGCCCCAGAACCCUGGGGCCAACCCCCAACUGCGGAGCCUCCUCCUCAACCCACCGCCGCCCCAGACUGGGGUGCCCCCACCCCAGGCCUCCCUCCACCACCUCCAGCCACCAGGGGCUCCUGCACUGCUGCCCCCACCGCACCAGGGCCUGGGGCAGCCCCCGCUGGGGCCCCCCCUCCUGCAGCCACCGCCUGCCCAGUCCUGGCCCGCGCAGCUUCCCCCGAGGGCUCCACUUCCAGCGGCAAAACGAAAGAGAGAACAAGAGGGCUGCGUGUUUCGAGAAAAAUGGGAGCGAGCCUAUUUCUUUGUGGAAGUGAAGAACAUGCCUAUGUGUUUAAUAUGCAAAAAAAUCGUGUCUGUGUUGAAAGAAUACAACCUGAAACGUCAUUAUAAAUCAAAGCACGGUAAGAGCUUCGACCAGUAUACAGAACAGACGCGAGAUGCGAUACUUGAUGAACUGAAAAGGGGCCUCAAGUGUCAGUAGGCCUCGCGUGGGAAAGGAGAUGACAGAAGUGGUGUGUCUGCGACAUGCAGUUCUGGAGUAAAGGGAGAAGAAUUCACCGGGCAUUAAAACCUGCUACAGACAAAACACGUUUAUAAAGGAGCAGAAUGACAUGUCCUGAGCAGAAACACACGUCUGUUUAGACCCUUGCUUAAGUCUAACAGAUAUUUGCAUAUUACACAGUGAGUUGAAGAUACGUGAGAAGAUUUACAAAUCCAGUUGCUUGAAAGAGUCAAGUUGAUUGUGGCCUUUUCUAUCGCUGCUCAUGAACGAUUACCACCCAGUUAGCUUUAUUUAUUUGUGGUGUUGAGAAUUUUGAUGUGACCGAAGUCUGUGACACGGGUCCCAGGUAGGCCCAACACUGGGAAAUGACUUCCUUGCUGUGUGCUGAGAGAAACGGACAGCCUCACGUGCUCCGGCCAGAAUUCCUCGCCACAGCUACAGUUGUGGCGAUGUCAUGAUCUGAGCGCAGGGGAACUAGUCAGGAAGCCUUGACCCAAGGUGGUGACAUCUGGCGAGGACACAGAAGUCGGGUCAUGCGUCAAUCACCAGGAGAUGAACUGUGUUAAGAAAGUAGAUGAAACACACCACGGACAUCCUUGACAUGCUCCUGUACUUUAACCACGGGCUGGUCGAUGGUGAACUUGACCCGAUGUGUUUUACAGAAGCUCUGUGACCUGCUGUUACAUGAUGCUGUGGAAGAAAUCAGCUGCUGAAAUCCGUUCAUUCCGUUGAGGUGGAAGUCACUGCCUGGCUCCCCUGAGAAGGUUGGUCAAAGCCUUUUCGUCGAGCUUACGACCCUUCUGAACACUAUUUCUCUGCAAGGAGGUUCACAAACAGCUACUUGAAUGUAUCAUCGUGUGUGCCCAGUCCUGCCAAGAUGGGGAGGCCAUGGGCAAGGAAUAUUCUGACUCCCUUUCCUUUGCUGCAAUUGGUUUCCAGAAAUAAAAGACAUGGCCAGGACUGGAUUCACCCAAAUUGUAGGGUUGCAGACCAAAUUCCCCCAAAGGCUCUCUGCCUCCAGACUUUAAUGGAAGUGAAGUAACCCUGUGUGGUUUGCCGUGGCUGGUCAGUGCAGACCACGAACGGUAGUUACUGAAGCGCAGUGCGACGGGGCGCUCGCUGCUAAGUGAUCAGCCCUACAGCUUUCUCCAGCGGUUGUCCCAAGUCUCUGUGCUUGGAAGUGCCCACGCUCAUCAGCAGCUGUCUUCCGUUUACAACUCUGAGUCAAAUGAAAUAAUGCUCCCAGUUUGAGGGUUCAAGGUUGAAUUCUAAAUCGUCUGUCGCAUCAUGACAGCCACAGCCUGACAUCAGCAUCUCCGUGCGGGAGGGAUGAGGUCAGCCUUCCGGCCUCAAAGCAAAGGAACAAAAGCAUAAUGAAAGAGAAAAUUUUAAUAAUUAAAUAUUUCUAUUUUUCAAUUUGUAUUUUUUCAAUUUUGAAUUUGAAAUAUAAACUCCAGUAUCAUA